UGUAAUCGCAGUGCAAGGUGUCAUGUCCAAGCAUGAAGCGAUAGAAUAUAAGUUUGACAUAUGAUAAUAGUGAUUCGUAUUGUUGGUACUGUUCUUGCAUUGUAAAUAUAUUUCGAGAACGUUUGGAAAAUGAUGGAAGUAGAUUGGAUUGCAAAACCUGUGAAUUAUAAAACAAUAAGAUUUGCCUAUUUAGAAGAAGCGCUGGAUCAUCCCUUAAAACCUGUCACUGUAAUGUUAAUUGAUGGACGUACUGGAGCUAAGCGCAAUGCAUUACAACAUACAAAUAGUAGUUCAUCAGUUGGUACACCAGUACCACUUAUUGGAAAUUCUUUAACAGAUCCACUAUUGAGUCAUUCUUCUCUUGAUGGUUCAGAUCCCUUGUCACAAUUUGCUAGAGAAGAGUUAGAUCCUUUGUCUAAAAUGGCUGCAGAUGAGUGGGACUACUCUUGUAAUGUUAGUGUUACUAGCAAAAAGUGUAAGGAUACUGCAGAAGAAUUAGUAGAACCUUGGUCAACGAGACGUACUGCAAUAUUGAAUAAGUACACAACAUCAGAAAAGUUGUCAAUUGUUACUAGCUUUUUAACAGGUGGUGAAAAAGUUGUUGUUAAAGUUCAACCAAGUGGGGGAGUGGUUGAUAAAGUACGGACAAGGUUAGAACAAUUAGAUGAUUUUGAAGAAGGAUCUGUUCGGCAAAUGUUAGAUUUAUCACAGCAACAAUAUGCUGCAAGAAUUGAACAGUUGAAUAAUGAGCUCGUGCAAGCAUGGCAUUCUGAUCAAAGGGUUAAGGCACUAAAAAUUGCAAUUCAGUGCGCCAAAUUGUUAGUAGAUACAUCUGUUAUGGCUUUUUACCCCAGCAAAUUUGUUCUUAUCACAGACAUUUUAGAUAUUUUUGGAAAACUGGUGUAUGAACGAUUGAAAGUGAAGGCUGAAUAUUACAAGCCAGGAAGCAAAGUGCCAACGAGUUUACCUGACAGUUUUACACCAGAUAUGGUACCUGAAAGUGCAAAAGAAACAUGCAGAAAUUGGUUUUAUAAAAUUGCAUCAAUAAGAGAAUUAGUUCCACGGCUUUAUGUAGAAAUGGCUAUAAUAAAAUCUUAUAGUUUUUUAACAACAAGUGAAUUUAAUAAAGCAUUGCUCAGAAGAACUCAAAUGAUACGAGGAAUUGGAAAUCCUCUUAUAGCUGUAUAUGCUAGAUGUUACUUAUGUCGUGUGGGGUUAGCUUUAAACAAAACGUCCGACUUUGAAUUCGUAAGAGAAAAUUUUUAUGAUUUUCUUUCUACAUAUCAACAAUUAUUCGGCCAAUAUGUGCAAGCAGAAUUGAUUAAGCAAAGUAUGCCUUUACAUUCCUAUUUGAAUCUAUACUCGCCAGCUUUAGAUUGGAUUUUACAAAUUUUGGUGGCUACAACAUCUGAAAAUCUUUUGGAGGAUGUACUGUCUCAAUGCAAAAAGCAGAAAAACAGUUCUUUAUUAUUAAAUAGUAUUUUAACCGCAUUUAAGCCUGCAUAUAUUGCUGCACAUGCAAUGGAUUUUGUAAAUUUGGUAAUCGCAACUGAAGAUGAUGGUUAUCCACAAUAUCUUUUGUAUAGAAGUUUAGGUGAAUGUUUAAUACAGGGAUCACCACCAAAAGAAGAUUGUCAAACAAUUCUUAAUAUAAUAUGGAAAUACGUAACAGAUUUAACAAAUCCUAAUAAGUUUAUGCCUUGUGUGGAAAUUUGGAUUCAAUUUACAGCAAUACAUUUUUCUGUAAACGAGUUAAAUCUGUUUUUUGGAAAACUGAUCGAUCGACUGAAUCCGAACAAAAAUUUCGAGCAUUAUUAUCCACAAUUGCAAAAUAUUAUGGAAAAAGUUGUAGCUCAUACACAAGAUUUUGAGUCUCUGUUCGCCAUGGACAAUUUCUUACCAUUUAUCGAUUUGUUCCACAAGGAAACUAUUAAAGUUGAAGUUUGUAAAUCUAUUAUAGAAGGUUUAAGUGCUCAAGGCGGUUCUAUUACCGAUCCUAUUGUUAUAAAUGCUCUCAUGUUUAUCGCAAGAAUAAUGCACGAUUCAGUUAGUGCUUUAACCGUUGAAGAUGAGAAACGACAGAUCGGCCAGCUUAUAUGCAGCUUAGUGCAACGUGUUGACUACGAUCGCGAUUUUGAAAAACAAUUGAAUUUUUACGCCGAAGCUAGAGCCGCUUUCCCCAAUCUCGAUAGUGUACAUGUACAGCUUGUACAGUGUGUAAAUAGAUUAGCGGUUGACACACGAAAAAUUGUUCGUGGACAUCAUACUAGAAGAACAUCGGCGUUCGUCCGUGCCUGUGCUGCGUUCUGUUUCAUUACCAUUCCAUCGUUGACAUUGGUUCAUAUACGAUUACAGUUGUAUUUGCUGUCAGGUCAAGUGGCACUUUUAAAUCAGUGUUUAGGUCAAGCUGAUGCAUGUUUUAAGGCUGCAUUAAGCUUAGUUCCAGAAAUGCCAAAAACAAUAGACAUUGACGGAAGGCAGAAAAACUCGCAGCCGUAUUUACUAUCAUACCUGUCGAAUUUUUUAUCAACUUUGUUAGUGGUUCCGGAUAGCCCAGAAUACGGCGUUUUGUAUUUGAUGAGACGUUUGCUCCAUGCUGUUCAACGUUGUUUCGAAGAAAAUGUAUCAACGAAGUCAUACUUGUAUCUACGCGUACUUGAUUUGUUGUCCGUAGUGACACAGGAGAAUUAUCCAUACCAUGUUGACAAGGUCGAUGCUAACGAUAAGUUGUAUGGAUCCGAUCAAAAGUUCAUAAGUGAAGCGAACAAAAUAUGCUCGAAAAUUGUAGACGAGAUUUUGUCCCAUUUAAAGUAUCUUGGAUCCACUGAUCAACUCGAGAAACAGGCAAACCUUGCACUCGAGCUUUUCAAUUGUUUCGUUAUUAGAGCCGAUUUACGUGAUCCGUCAUUAGCGUGCAUGGCUGUGAAUUUAUGGAAUUUGUCUCAACGACAUAAUUUUAUUGAUUCGAAAGUUAAGAUGAAAACAAUUGCUUAUAUGGUACAAAAGAGUCAUCAUAAGGAGUAUGAACAUUUUGCGGACAUUUUAAAAAAGAUGUCGAAAUAAACAUCUAAUCUGUUUAUUUCACAUGGUUUAAAAGUCAGUCGGCAACAACUUUUGCCAAAGACAAGAUUGUUUGUACAUAUAUAUUGCGUUUUUAAUUAACUUUAAUCAAAAUAUGUCGUGUACAUAAUAACU